AUGGACGAAAUUGUUGAUCUUUGCUGGGAUGCUUUUCCCUGGAUCAGCAAUCAAGCAACACGUCUCGGCCUCGACACGCAGGAUAACCGAUUUGCCCAAUUGGGCGGCGAACUGUUUAUCCUGACGCAACAAAUCCAAUUUGCAGACCAGAGGGAGAUCCAACUGAAGGUGGUUAAGAUUGCGGAGCUUGUCAACAAAGCCUGUUCUAUCUCAAAAGCCCAACAUGAGGCCCUUGGUGCACUCCGGAGGAUUUCCGAGUGCAAGGAAUCAAGCACACCCACUGAGAUUGUCCUAGCGAAGGAUGUUCAACGGAGCCUGCUACACUUCGUUCAGAAUGAUCCCGAAUACCCUUCUCUCCUUCGAUUGAUCGCGGAUUGCUUGCAUGCAACGAACACUCCGGAGGAAGUGCCGGAUGGACACCUUCUGAGUAAGGAGAUACUGUACCCUGCACACGUCAACAAUACUCUGUAUACUCAGCUUAGAAUGUAUUCGACGUGCUCAUGCACGACACAACACUUGGAUUACGCGCGGCUGCGACUUGAUCCUGAGCAUGACCAACAGGACGCUCCAGAUGUUUCAUUUGACUUACUGUUUCUGAAAGGUCAUACGCCAUGUGAGGCUAACUGCCAGUCGCGCUGGAAGGAGGCGAAGGUACUUGUUGCUAGGCGAAACGAACUGACUCAGAAGAAACGGGUUUCAUUCGCAGUCAAAAAUUGGAGUCUCUCUUCGACUAAAAGCCGGUGGCCGUCAAUGAAGAGCCCUCGGAAGGUUGAACUCGGAGAGUUUUGCAAGCUCAUUGGAAGUGAGAAGGGUGCCCUCAUUCACUUCCACAUCAAGGACAAUGUCAUGAAACUUGCCGACAGUGUUCCCGGUUCUCUCUGCCGGAGCUUCCUUCCUCACUCCACAUCUCUUUCGGCUUGGCUUGAGAAGACCGUACACCUCUCCAACAGGGUGAAGAUAACGCUGGCGUACACCAUUGCGAGAUCUGUCUGGCAGUACUAUAGCUCGCAUUGGAUGACGCAGCCGUGGACGCACGAGAAUAUCCAAAUCAUGAAGCAGAAUACUGGCGAUGCCAAUCACAUCCGACCACAUCCUUAUUUCAUCACCAAGCUCCACCAUCGCAAAGGUCAGGUAUUGGACUACUGCAUUGCGGACGACCUAUUCCACAUGUACCCCAACAUACUUUCCUUGGGCAUGGUUCUCGUCGAGAUUGCCACAAAGCAGCCGUUCAAACCCAAGACCUCCAACUAUGCGUGGGACAAAACCACGAUCAAUGACUACUACGAAUGGGCAUGGACCACUGCAAACAGCAGUGAUUUGAGAAACACGAUCGGUGCGGCUUAUCAGGCUGUAGUCAACAACUGUCUCGACGCUGAACUAUUUAAAGGCAGCGCCUGUGACCUGUCUAAGCCCGACGAUGGUCUCGAAAAUAGACAAACUAUUCUCUAUGAGAAGAUUGUACUGCCUUUGCGCGAGCUAUAUCACGCGUACAAGGACGACUGGGAAGUUUUGGAAGUCUCCACGAUGGAAACGCCUAUUAUUAAACCGCAGACGUAUACCUCAAGUUCCAAACCAACCAGUCGUUCGCAUUUCAGCAUUGCCAUCUUUUGUGCCUUACCUUUAGAAGCAGAUGCUGUCAGUGAGCUUUUCGACGAGACAUGGAACGAAGAUGGCGAGCGUUUUGGUCGAGCCGCGGGAGACGACAAUGCUUAUACAUUUGGCAACAUCUUACAUCACAACGUCGUUCUAAUCCAUAUGGCCGGCGUGGGAAAAGCCGCCGCAUCUCAGGCGGCUUCGAGCGUACGUUCGAGCUAUCCGGAGAUCAAACUGGCCCUUGUCGUCGGGGUAUGCGGGGGAGUGCCAUCAUACUCAGAAGGCAGGGAGGAUCUUAUCCUUGGGGAUGUUGUCAUCAGUGACGGAAUCGUGCAAUACGAUUUCGGCAGAAGGUUCCCUGACGUCUUUCUGAGCAAGUCUGGACCAGAAGUCGUCUCCCGACCCGGACCUAAGCUGCGGGGGAUCUUGGCCAAAUUGAAAGGGGUACGGAGGCGAGAACGCCUUGAGGCAAAACUCUUAGAAAAUCUCGAGGGCUUGCAGAACACACUCGGAUCUAGGAGAGCCGGAUACCCAGGGGUUGACACAGACGAACUAUACCACGAUGCAUAUAGACACAAGCAUCGCAAUCCAUCGUCAUGCAAGACAUGUGCGUAUGAAGAGAAGGAUGAUUUGAUGUGCGAGCAGGCCCGACUGUUGACUUGCCAGCAAGUUGGAUGCCAGAAGAGCCGGCUGGUGCAGCGUAAACGACUGCUGGAGGCAUCAGCAGAUGGUGUCAUUCCAAAGCCGCGAGUCCACUUCGGCUUCGUGGGGUCCGGAGAUACUGUCAUGAAAUCAGGGCACCAUCGUGACCUCACAGCAGCCCAGCAUAAUCUCAUCGCGUUUGAGAUGGAAGCAUCCGGGAUCUGGGAUAAUCUCCCCUGCCUCGUGAUCAAAGGCCUGUGCGAUUAUGCCGACAGCCACAAGAACAAGCACUGGCAGCACUAUGCUGCUGCCACAGCUGCGGCCUGCAUGAAAGCUGUAUUAGAGGAAUAUUUCCUGCAAUUCGCUCGGCACAACAGCCUGAACAUAUUGUAUAUAUCGUAA